AUGAGCUCACCGGUGGGCGGGGCAUCUCGCCCGACCCCGCCCCUAGGACCCUGGCGCAGGCUGCAGCGCCCUCUGCUGUCGCCACGCCGCACCGCGCGGGAGGCGGACGUGAACGAGAGUGGGCGGGAGAGGAGCGGAGAAGCCACGCCACGCUCGUCCCCCGGAGAGGCGGGGCCGCUCGGCCUUCGAAGAGCUGCCAUGCGAGGCGCCCCGGGCAGGCGGAGUCUGGGCAACUGCACCUUCAGUGGCUCUACCACCACUAGCCACAGGGUGGCAGUCACGGCCCGCACAAGACCGCUCGGCCGCUUCCCACGAACGGAUGAAGCGGCGGCCCCCUGCCCUCCCGGCUUCUCCAGACCCGCAACGGAGCGUGCACGUCCGCGAGUCGCUUGUGGGACCUCGUACAGAAAGGACCCCACGUCUGAGAACCCUCGCCAUGAAGCGUUCUUCUUGCAGUCAUUCUCCAGGUCACGAGUCCUCCAAAGAGACCCGGAUGAGGCCAGACGGGAUAGCGAGGAACUGACUGAGCUGAGGCCAGACGGGAUAGCGAGGAAUCGACUGAGCUCCCCACCUGCAAGGAGCUCCCAGUGGCUCCCUCAACAGAACCCUGGGCCGUCUUCAACAGAGAUCCACCUUCAGGCCACAAAAGCCUUAGCGCGGCUGAUCACCCUGCACGAGAGGUCGAGGAGGUGUGGUCCCCAUGUCACAGAGGAGAGAUCCAAAGAUCAGUUUUUCCAGCCAAAACAAGAAGAGAUCCUGAACGGAAGCAUGUAUGUGCCUGAGCAGGAGCCAUGGUCUGCCCCCAUCCUUAGCUGUCUAGGCAGGCGCUGUGAGCUCCCAGACCACACGUCACCGCGGUUCCACCUGGAACUCCAAGCCCCUGUCAGCAGACUUCCCACUGCCCGGGGCACAGCUCUACGCAAAGCCAGAGGAACCUCCCCAAAUUCGGGCGUUGUGGUGAGCCGCGUUACUUCACACCUCUGUCCUUCACACCUCCAGCCUCUCUCUCUAGCACCAGUGUCUCUGCAAGCGGGUAAACUGACCCCCUUAUCCUAGAAGCCUUCCAGAAUGUCCUGUCCUAUUGCAUCAUCGAAGUGCAUGUUCUGAACGGCUCCAUCAUUAGUUCCCAUGAACCUCACAGGGGUCAUUCCAAGGUGGGAUUCAGUACCUUCCUCAUGAAAUCAUCUAGCACUGAGUUGGUGGUCUCACCUUCCAUGCCAUCUCCAAGCUAGAGACACAGCACCCUUUAUUCCUGAUCCCUCACCUCCAGCAUCAGCCACCUGGUACUACUGAUUUUACUUUCUAAAUAUGCCUCAAAUCUGAUCCUCCACAAGGCCACCAAAAGGGAUCUGUUAAGAAUGCAAUUCAGGGGGCAAGCAGGUGGCAUGGUGGUUGGGGCGUUGGACUCCCACACGGCAGACCAUCGAUCGAG